AUGCAUCUUAUUCUCACUGGGGCAACAGGGCUAGUCGGGUCUUCAGUGCUCGACGCCAUGCUCAAAAACGCAGCAGUGUCCAAGAUCUCAAUCCUGAGCCGAAGCCCCGUACGAAUGGCAGAAGAUGCAAAAGACCCACGUGUUCAUGUCAUCACCCACACAGACUUUGAAUCAUACAAGCCAGAGCUGCUCGAGCAACUGAAAGAUGCGGAUGGAUGUGUUUGGGCCCUAGGGACAAGCCAGAACAACGUCACCAAAGAGCAAUAUGUUAAGAUAACCAAGGAUUAUACCAUGGCAGCUGCCAAUGCGUUUUCCACAAUUCAGCCAUCAGACCAUCCCUUCCGAUUCAUCCAUGUGUCUGGUGAAGGAGCCACCCAGGCUCCAGGGCGAUUCUCACCGAUCUUUGCGAGAGUAAAGGGCGAGACUGAAACGCUUCUUGGAGCGCUAUCAGAGCUAAAGCCAAGCUUUCGGGUCGAUAGCGUGAGGCCUGCAUUCGUUGAUCCGGCAACGCACGAUGCCAUCAAACCAUAUAUUCCGUCUGCUGGAAUCGUGUCAAACAUCGGAAUAGCUUUGCUUGCCCCGGGUGUGCGGUGUUUCAUGAAGUCGAUGCAUUCUCCAACAGAGCACCUUGGGUCGUUCUUGACGGAAAUGGCGAUGGGACGCUAUGAAGAAAAAUUGCAGGGCCCGGGGGUGUUCAGACUCGGAGGGGGUUACAUCGUUGAGAACGCUGGUAUGCGGAGAAUCUUGGGGCUGUGA